AUGUUGAGGCAUCAAAAAAUAUAUGGAUUAUUGUUAUCACUAUUUUUUCUUCUGAGUUACAAUGGGGUUCAAGGAGAAACAAAGUUAUCCAAACUGGAAGACAUAGAGAUGGAGAAACAACUUAAACUUUUGAACAAAUCGGCCGUCAAAACAAUUAAGACUAUAUACGGAGAUACAUAUGAUUGUGUGGAUUUUUAUAAACAACCGGCAUUCGAUCAUCCGUUAUUGAAGAAUCAUAAUUUUCAUCCUCAGAUGAAACCUACUUUGAAGAGAACAAAGCAAAAUGCAAGUAACUCAUCAACUAGUUCGUCAUCGUCGAGGAUAUGGCGAAAUGGUAAAGGUUGUCCCUCUGGAACAGUCCUAAUUAGAAGAAUUACAAAAGAUGAUCUUAUAAGACAAAAAAAUAUGCCACCACCAGAAGAUGUCACAUUUGAUACUCAAUUGACUAACAACAAUAGUGUGAGUGAGCCAACAGGAAUGUACGGAUCUUCAGGAUACAAGGUUGCAAUAGCUCGGACCAAAAAUUAUCCUGAAAACAAAUUUAGUGGAGCUGGAAUGGCAGCUAGUAUAUGGAAUCCUCCUGUUAAAGAUGGACAACAUAGUGCAUGUCGACUGAAAAUUCAAAAAGGAUCUGAUAUUUUACAAGUUGGUUGGAGAGUGGACCCAACACUCUAUGGGGAUAACAAAACUAGGCUUUUCAUACAUUUUCAAGCCGGAAAUAAUCAUUGUUUCAAUACAUUAUGUCCUGGUUUUAUUAUAGUAAAUACUGAGGUACCUCUUGAUAAGACAUUUCAACAUAAUUCACAACGAGGAGAGACUUCAUGGGAAGACACAAUGGCUAUCGCUCGGGAUCAAGCCAACGGAAAUUGGUGGCUUUUUAUGGAAGAAAAUCAUAUUCAAAUUGGUUUUUGGCCUCAAAGGAUCUUUACUGAGUUGACUAGCUUUGCCACAAACGUUGAAUGGGGAGGAGUGGUAUAUAGUCCACCAGGUGUACCUGAACCUCCUAUGGGAUCCAAUUUUUUUCCUGUGUUAGACUCUGAUUAUGAUGCAUAUUGUAGGGCUAUUACAGUGACAAAUGAUAAAGGUGAGACCAUAGACCCAACUGAAACAACCACAUUUGUCAACAAUCCUGAUAUGUAUUUUGUUUUCGAUGUACAUAAUUUUAAGCAUCAUCAUUUUGUACUCUAUGGAGGACCUGGUGAUCAGAUACAAGUUUAG